ACUACAGUUUUUUAGGUAGCAGAGGUGAGAUUUUGGUUGCAUGUUGCAGUUAUGGGGCACAAUGUACAGAAAGCACAAAGGCUGUGGCAUUACCCACUCUUGCUUGCAAAUUAAUAUCCUCCUUUUUUUUGAGUGUCUAUGAAAGACUUUACUUUGACAUUGGUUGAAGCAACACUUGCCUUUAAAUUCCUAGAUGUUAUCCUGGUGUUCUUAGAGAUAUCCUGCAGCAUCUUUUGGUGGACUGACUUUUUUUAGAACACUUGGUCUAGAUAGAUUGCCAGUGAUUUGAGGUGUUCUCCAUUUGUAGAUGAUAUUUUGGACACUGGAGUGAAUCACUACCGCAGCUGACCCACGUGUGAUUAUUUUUAUAUGUUUUGAAGUUGUACAGUGUUAAUCAAUGGAAUUAAAAGGUCAAUUAGGAUAACUAAGCUGCCUGGGCUUGCAAGAUGAGACUCUGCAAGCAAGCUAUUGUGCAAAGGGAAAACAGGCACAGUAAGUUUGAGCUGGGUGUGGGUGAUCUGCUAAGAUAAAAUGCGGCAAGGAUGCACUUUAAAAUAGGAACUUCCUAUGGGGCGAAACUUGCAAUAAAGCAACAUCAUAAAAAGUGUAAGCAAUGUAUUAGCCAAUCAUUUUACAUGUGAAAGUUGUAUAAUCAUGAAUCAGCUCAUUUCGUGUAACCACCCUAAAAGAUAUCAAAAUAGAUGAAUCUCUUUGCUCGAGGAGACACUCUGAUCAGUUUGCUGAAAGGAGGCACUCACUCUUCGAAGAGAAAAUAAAGACGCAUUGGAGUUAGAGAAAGUCUUUCGUCCUGUACAGCCUCUCUUGCAGGUAUUACAGAACCUGACGAGUGUGCUCAAGACGCUGGAGGAGACUACGGACGCGCCCCUGAGAGCCGUACUGGGGUGGUUAACGCGGCGCGACGUGGGAUUCUCCAGUAAGUCUGAUGCGUCGGUACAGAAUGGAAAAAAUAGUAAACUGUUUCUGCAAACAGCCUGAUGCCGUUGCCCGACUAAUUUGUUUUCCCUGGGCUGGUGGAGGCUCAGUUCACUAUGCCAGAUGGGGCAAAAUCUUUAAUUGCAGUAUUGAAGUUUACUCAGUUAAACUGCCAGGAAGAGAAGCCAGAGCAAAGGAACCAUUUGCUGUGGAUAUUCAUGAGAUUGUCAAUGAAGUUACGCAAGCAUUGCUUCCACAACUUCAAGAAAAGCCAUUUGCCUUUUUUGGUCACAGUUUUGGAGCCUUAACCAGUUUUGCAACAGCUGAAUAUCUGAAACGAGUAUAUGGAUUGGAGCCUACACAUCUGUUUGUCUCUGGCAGUUCAGCCCCACACUCCAUUGCAAGAACAACUUCUCAGAAGACAUCAGAAUUGCCAGACAAAGAAUUCUUAGAAUGGAUGACUACUGUGGGGGGCACCCCUCCUGAAAUCCUUGGAAACCCAGAGGUGGUGAAUCUGUUUCUUCCUGUGCUGAAAGCAGACCUCCGAGUUGUAGAAAAUUACAGCUAUCUAAAGCCACCAAGUAGUGUACUUUCUUGUGCAAUCACAGCUUUUGAUGGAACAGAGGAUGUGCCACACGACAUUGACGCCUGGAAGGAGUUAACUAGUGGAGAAUUUACAAAGCAGAUGCUUCCUGGAUCUCAUUUUUAUCUAAAGGAUCCACAGAAUGAGGCUCAUCUUGUGAAGUACAUCACUAAGUGUUUAGAAACCACAGAGAUUGAUUAUAUUUAAUAAGACUUUACUACAAAAAAAAAAAAGUCAUAGGAAGUUUUUGGUAAUUACUUACAUUUAUAAAGAUAUAAUAUUGACAAAAUUGUCUAUUCACAACUUAUCAAGGGUUAAAUAAUUAGUUCAGUUUGUCACAGUUCAACUUCAUGAAAUAAAAAUCGGAAAUAAAAAAAAAAAACUCCGAAAAGGGGCAUAAAAAGAAUCUCAACUUGUCGUACCCCAAAAGAAAUCCUGUAGAUUUUAGAGAAAAAAUGGAAUUUAUCGUACUAAUUACAUUUAAUGGCCCAGUAACACAUCGGUUUACUGCAAGUUAUUGUUUACAAAGGUACAUGUUUUAAUAAUAUGAUUAUGUAAUUUUAUAUAUAU